AAAGACGUCGAACGGUAUAUUGGUGGCCGAAAUUCUGCAUACAUAUUAUCCUCGCUCAGUGAACUUAGGACACUUUGUUGAUGGUUCAUCGACCGGCGUAAAAGCCAGCAACUGGAGAAUAUUAGAGAAAAUAUUCAAAUCACUUGAAUUCCCUAUAGAACAAUCUAUAAUAGACGGUACUAUUCACGGGAAAUAUGGAGCCGCCUUCGAGCUGAUCACGAAAGUUUACGAAUAUGUCACAGGCAAAGAAGAACCAAGAAGCCAUUGGGUUUACAGUACUGGUCAAAGCUACCACGGACAACGGUGCUGGUAUGCAAGAGAUACAGCCAUUACCCUAAUAAACCGUAACAUCAGAACAUCCGAACUGAUCUUGCAGCCGGACAUUAUUAUCAGGCGAAAAUGGAUGCAAAAUGUCCUGGAUCAGUACCGAGGACUUCGUGAAAGUGAACGCAUGGUGUAUCCAAGACGUUGCAUGCUCAAAAAGCCCCUUUUCGCUAUAUGUGAGCGGAAGUA